UCCGUGACUUCACGUGUUUCAUCUCCGCACUUCGAAGCCUCCGUACCUGACCUUGAUCAGGACGCACCUGGGACAGCAGCCGUGAAUCCUGUCCUGCCGCCACAUGGCAGCAAGGUGAUGUUGCGUUAUCUUCGCGCCGAGCACUUGCUCUCGGAGGACAGUGCUUUCGCCGCGUUGUUGACGUGGCUCGCGCUCACUCCGAGCGCGCAGACGGUGCAGGUCCUGCAGAUCAUCCCGCAGGCAAUGAUGUUGCAGACGUCUUUCCAUGCACCCAUCAAUAAUUUGCUUGAGCCUCUGGGCGCAUGUGUGACGGAUCUAGACAUACCUGUACUUCUGCAUGACAUAGAUCCCGCGUCACCUCCCGGCUUAUCUUUCAACAAUCAGUUAAAGACACUCGUCCUACGGCAUACGUUCCGAGAGGAGUGGGAGAUAGCGUGGGCGAGGAUAGCGAUGACGCUGAGUUGUAUCGCGUCCCUCUCCCUCCGGAGUAUAGAGCUGGUGUUCGCCAUCUUCCGGGCGACCGGCCCUGCCGGUGGAGGCACCAUGGACCUCGCGGACUCCAACGUCAAUUGGGAGCCGAUUAACGACGUUAUUAGCACCAAGCAUUUCGGUGCGCUGGAGAAAGCCUCGGUGACGCUGGACUGGCAUGUCAUGGACACCAUACCACCCGGAGAUGUCGAACGCUUCCGGGAUAUGAUUGAGGAGGGGUUAAAGCAACUAGACUGGCACAGACGAGGCCUCCUCACGAUCACGCAUCACAACCACACCUGGUCCCCGCCCUCGGAGCCCGAGCCGGGGCGUGUUCAGCAGUGAGCUGUGUUGUUCGUGCGGAAGCUAGGACAUGUGGACAAGGACAGUGUAGUACCGAAUCAUGUGUCGCGUCUUCGUCACGUCUGCUGUAGGGCCUCGUCAACUCUAGCUGUUCAUCGAAGGGACUGAUCUACCAGAUAGGCAGCUUUUGUGCGUAUCUGUGGCUGUGAUGCGCAAUAACUGAAUGCUCUUGUUAUCUGCACAUAGAAUG